AUGAUCAAAGGAGAACACAAGACAGAGGAAGAAGAAGGAUCACCUGAAGAAGAUGAGUAUUGGUCUUCAAAGAGUUAUGGUUACUACAACACGAGCUUGUCGUUGCCUGAUGAUGCUAAGGUCGAGGACAUUAAGGCAGAUAUUAAGAAUGGUGUGCUUAAUGUUGUGAUUCCUAGAACUGAGAAGCCAAAGAAAGAUGUUCAGGAGAUCUCUGUUGAGUAG